AUGUCAUUCCCAUUCGAAUCCGAGCCCUUCUACAUGCGUCCCCUCCUGAUAAUAAAGUCUUUACUCGGCGGCUUCUACACAAGCAUGGUCUACCUCAUCAUCCCCAUAGCUGUGGCAAUGGUAAUCAUCUUCGCCGUCUUUUUCUUCGGCUUCGGUAUUCUUGCAGCUGCAUUUGGUUGGAAUUUGAAUUCUGAUCAGAUUAAAGCGAAGAGAGAGAAAGAGAAGGAGCGUGAACCCAAGGAGAUUCAGGGAAAGUCGGGUGUAGAACUAUCUAAUUCUCCUGUUCCAGACUUUACGAGUGACUCGCGUGAUACGGUUGACUUGGAGAAGCGUCUUGAGAUCGAGAUUGAACUUCUUGGGGAAAUGGUAGUUGCCAGGAGGGAGAGAUUGGCGGCUUUGAGGAAGAAAAUGAAUUCGGAGGAUGGUUCGGAUUUGGAGGUUUUGGAGAAGGAAUAG